AUGGGCCCCGCAUGACCCCAAUAACUAUUGGGCACCUCCUUCCUCCCGAUACGCCAGAUUCAGUUCCUCCCUCCUGUUCUCCUACCUCCUUCCCCCUCCUAUUUUUCUUCCUCUUGUUCACCUUCUCUUUCCUCCCUUCUAUUUUCUUCGAAUAGAUCCGUAGCAGGGGGGUCGCAGGCCGGUGCAGUGCAGCUCGUGGGAUAGGGUAGGGUGUCGUCUCCGGCCAGGGCGAAGCUCCGCGCGCUUCGGCCCCCGCGAGGAACAGAGGCGGCUACAACGAGUAAGCUGCUGAGUGCGGACCUCAGCGCAGCACCAGUGACUAGUGAGCGACUCCAGCGAGCUCCGGGCGGUGAAUCUUCGCGGGGGAGUCCAUCGAGCUCUAGGCGACUCCAGGUUCCAGCAAGCCCAGCCACAUCGUCUCGGUGGCAUGCGGCGCUCCAUUUUUUCUUUUCUUUUUCAUUGUUUUUUUAUUGUUUCAAGGAAACAAAUCUGUAACUUUUUUGUAGUCAUAAUUUUUCUAUCAAUUUUUUCACACGUCAAUUUUUUUCUGCACAACUUUUUCAGUAGCAAGUAUAAUUAUGGAAAGUAUGUUAUGUAUUAAAGUUUGUACUAUAAAAUUUUUUCCAUGGGAAUUUUUUUAAACUUUUUUCUCAAAUAGUUUGAAAAUACUUUUGCUUAACAUAUCGAAAAAAUUACUUCAUUUUUUCUAUCAAAAUAAUUUUCUAUUAAAAUUUUCUUUUCAGGAUUUUUUGUUGCACAAACUUUUUCAAUACCUCAAGCGUAAUUUUGUAAUAUAAAUUUUUUUAGUAUAAAAGUUUUUUUACUAAUUUUUUGCACCCUUACAUAGUGAAUCUAUCGAAUAGCGCUAGUAGCUGGUUUCGGAAAAUAGAAUGUAUGGGAACCGUGGAUUAGCCACCAGGUGGGGUGGGUUGUCAGGUUGUCUGAAAUCGACCGUACGGAUAGGAAAAAAACAGGCGACCGUAAAUUAGAGAAGCCCCAUCGAACGGGCCAGACUGGAACGGUGGAUCCCACCACAUCGGACAGGAAGGAAGGACGGCAACAGGAGCAGCUUUUUUAUUUUUAUAUUUUUUAAAAACAUUUUUACAGAAAUAUAUUUUUGGUUUCACAAUUUACAGUUUUAUACCCCUGCCGGGCCGCCUGACGGGGGGCGGCAGGGACCUAUAUAUAAAUAAACAUAUUUUUUCUGCGCGGAGGCCCCUGGCGGGAGCCUGCCGUCCGGCAGGUACGCGCCGCCCGGUGGCGGGGCGUUAGGGCAGGCAGCCGCCCGGCAGGGGGGCGGCAGGCUCCCCCCUCUAUAUAAAAGGCUGAGCUCCCCCCUCCCCCCUCAUUUGCUUCCCACGACAUCCAGAGAGAGAGGAGGGGUGAGGGAGGGAGUUGCAACGGCGAAGCCCAACCGGAUUUUGGAUCCGAACCGUAGCUUCCUGAUAUGGGUCCUUCUUCGUAUCUACCACCAACAGGGGCCACACAUGAUACCUUUGAGGCGAACUUCGAAGACUGGAGUCGGUUAUUUUCUACACCUAACCAGCAGGCCGAUCCUACCUUCCAGACACCUAUGGCCACCGGACAUCCAGGUAGAGACGUACGGCCUCCAGACCGACACACCUACCCUACAUACCACGUCCACGCAUAGCGUAAAAGAGGUCGACAUGGCCGGGUGGUUAGGAGGUGCUUCUAGUUGUUUCUGUAUUUUUGUUAUGGACAUGUCGUCAUGUUAUACUUAUUUUGUUCUCAUGCAUCACCUAUUUCGUUCUCAGUUGCGUAUGUGUAUGAAUUGCUAAGUUAUACUUUUCAUAUUCAUCUACUUUACUAACGGUUUUUAUUUCUAUCCAAAAUAUCUAAAACCACAUCUAAUGCCGCACUGCCGCACUGACGUUCAAGGUUUAACUUGCGGGGAGGAGGGGCCUGCCGCCCCCCUGCCGAGCGGCUGCCUGCCCUACCGCCCCACCACCGGGCCAUGAUAGGGCAUCGGUUGCUGUCAGACAAGGUGAUAAUGCUGAUAGCAGUGGUAAUGUUGACGAGAUAAAGCAGUUUAGGGAUGCUCGGUGGGUGACACCUCCAGAAGCCAUGUGGAGGAUAUAUGGUUUCGACCUAAGCAAAAAUCACCCACCAGUCAAACAAUUGCAGCUCUAUCUCCCCGAUAUGCAUAUGGUGUCAUUCCAUCAGUGUUCUAAUAUAAAAAAAUAUAGUAAAUCGACCCGGUGUGGAAGAGUCAAUGCUUACAACAUAUUUUGCUCAAAAUAUGGUGGAUGAUUUUGCACGUGGGAUAUUGUAUCAAGAUUUUCCGGAGUUCUAUACUUGGCACUUGAAUGGUAAAUUUUGGCAGCGAAGGGUACAUGAGGGACGCAAGCAGGUUGGUAGAAUUGUCUCUGCACACCCGGCUGAGGGGGAACGCUAUUAUCUUCACGUUCUACUUAACCAUGUUGUUGGAGCUAUCUCUUACGAGCAUCUUAAAAUGGUUGAUGGUGUUGUACAACCUACAUUCCGCGAGGCAGCCGAAAGAAGAGGUCUGAUUGAAGAAGAUAAUACAUUAGAUAACUGCCUUACGGAAGCUUCUAUGUUCCAAAUGCCUUCUUCACUACGAAGGCUAUUUGCAACCAUUUUGGUGUUUUGUGAACCAAGCGAUGUGUUUGCACUAUGGCCGAAACACUUGGACGCAAUGUUAGAGGACUAUCAACGAAAUAGUCCAACACCUGAAAUAGCCACACAAAUGGUACUUAUUGAUAUUAGAAAUAUGUUGCAGUCGAUGGGGAAGGACAUUAAGUCAUUUCCUCUUCCAGUGAUUGACGUGGCGUAUGAUGAUGCUAAUGGCAUUCCUCGUGAAAUAUUUGAGGAGGCAAGUGUCGAGGUGGAUAUCAAUGAUGUGUCAUUGGUGGACUCACUUAACCCAGAACAAAGGAACGCCUACGAGGAGAUCAUUGCAACUGUUGAUUCGGAUCAAGGUGGACUCUUUUUUGUGGAUGCUCCUGGCGGCACCAGAAAGACUUUCCUAUAUACAACUCUUCUAGAGAUACUACAGAGUCAGAACAAACUUGCUGUGGCAACAGCAACGUCUGGUGUUGCAACAUCAAUAAUGCCUGGUGGGAGAAUGACUCACUCACGUUUCAAGAUACCCCUUACCAUUGAGAAUGGAAGUUUUUGUAAUUUCACAAAACAAAGUGGUACUGCGAAGCUUCUCCGUCAGGUGUCUCUUAUUAUUUGGGACGAGGCUUCCAUGACGAAGAGGCAAGCUGUUGAAGCACUAGACAAUAGUCUGUGCGAUAUAAUGGAUCAGCCUGAGAUGCCUUUUGGGGGUAAGACAGUUGUGUUUGGUGGAGACUUUAGGCAGGUACUGCCGGUUGUUAGAAAGGGUUCAAGGGCUCAAAUUAUUGAUGCUUCGCUGCGGAGAUCAUACCUUUGGGGUUCCAUGCGACAUCUUAAGCUGGUUCGCAAUAUGAGGGCACAAAGUGACCCUUGGUUCGCGGAUUACUUAUUGCGCAUCGGUGGUGGAACAUAAGAGGUUAAUUCCGACAGUGAGGUCAGACUUCUAGAUGAGAUUUGUGUGCCAUAUACCGGGAAGGCAAGUGACCUCGAUACUUUAAUUAGUAGCAUUUUCCCAAAUCUCAAUGAGAACAUGUUGAAUAGAGACUGGAUCACUUCGAGAGCUAUAUUAUCUACAAGAAAUGAUUGGGUUGAUAAGAUCAAUAUGAAGAUGAUUGGUACUUUCCAAGGUGGUGAGAUUGAGUACCAUAGUUUCGAUGCAGCAGUGGAUGAUCCUCGUAACUAUUAUCCAGCUGAGUUUCUUAAUACUCUUACGCCAAACGGGCUUCCCCCUCAUGUUCUAAAACUCAAGGUUGGCUGCCCUGUUAUAUUGCUCAGGAAUAUAGAUCCUGCUAACGGGCUCUGUAAUGGUACAAGACUGGUUGUACGAGGUUUCCAAAGAAAUACAAUUGAUGCAGAAAUUGUGUUAGGUCAGCAUGCUGGGAAACGUGUUUUCCUCCCCCGGAUACCCUUAUGCCCGUCCGACGACGAGAUGUUUCCCUUUCAAUUUAAGAGGAAGCAGUUCCCAAUCAGAUUGAGUUUUGCCAUGACUGUCAACAAAUCACAAGGUCAAACAAUCCGAAAUGUUGGUGUGUACCUUCCUGAGCCGGUAUUCUCUCAUGGUCAGUUAUAUGUUGCGAUGUCCAGAGCCACUUCGAGGAAGAACAUCAAGAUUCUUGCGAAACCGCCUAAUGCAGUUGAGGAGGAUGAUAAUCCCAAAAAAAUAGAGAAGAAGGGUAAAAAGAACGGGAAAGAGAAGACCAAAAAAAAUGAGAACAAAUAUAUCCCAACCGGGAAUGGUACAUUCACGAAAAAUAUUGUAUAUAAGGAGAUUCUUACGCCAUAGUUGUAAGGUCUAAUCCUGGAUAUAUUGCGGCUAGAGAGCUCCAUACAAAUAUGUUGCUGGUGCUUUUGUUAAUUUAACAUAGCGGUGUCAAUAGGCUACUGUUUAUGUAUAAUCUUUGUACUAAAUUAAUUCUUGUGCUAAAAUGUACUUGUUUGCCGCUUUUUGAGAAGGUGAUAUUCUACUUGUUUAUUUCACCCUAUAAUACUACUGUGAUAUCGAUUACAGAUGGUUUUUUACCCUUGAUUUUUACUCA